GUUAGCUUUCUGCACAACCCACCCCAGCAUCGUAUCCAGUUCGCAACGUGGAGAUGUUGUUCCCCUAUGUGCUCGCCGUAACCGCCUUGCUGCUACUGUAUCUCCGGCCCUGGUCAAGGAAGUCAGCUGGGCUUCCCCUUCCGCCAGGACCACGUUCACUGCCAUUCCUUGGGAAUGUCGGUGACAUUGAUAUGGUGCGCCCAUGGCGUACAUAUAGUGAAUGGAAGGCGAAAUACGGUCCCAUUGUAUCAUGUCGUCUGAUCGGCCAGACUGUCAUCAUAAUCAACUCUGAGAAAGUUGCACGGCAACUCCUUGAUCAGCGCUCAGCGAUAUACUCUGACCGUCCCGCAGGUCCUGUGCCCAAACUUUUUGGCAUAGACUUUAUCACCGCGUUUCUUCCGUAUGGGGAUACAUUCCGGCUUCAUCGACGAUUGUUUCACCAAGCAUUGCGCCCCGACGCAGCAGAUUCUUAUCGAGAUCUCUAUUUGGACAAAGCUCGCCAGCUGUUGUCCAACCUUCUUGGCUCUCCUGAGGCGUUCGAGAAGCACCUUUUCUUGUAUACAGCUUCGAUCAUCAUGUCGGUAACUUACGGAUACGAUAAAGUCUCUUGGGAUGGACCUCCGAUUACAUCUAUCGCCAAACUUGCGGAGUUAAUAAAUGUUGGCAUUCAACCAGAAAGAAGUGCGAUACUGACGGCAUUCCCUAUACUUACGCGACUACCUCCCUGGUUUCCGGGUGCGUCAUUCCAGCGUAUCGCGCAGCGUACGCGGACGCUGGCACUCGAGUCUAUGAACGAACCAUUUGAAUUUGUAAAAAGGAAUAUGGCUGCCGGAAAUGCACCAAAGUCAAUGGUAUCGGAUCUGUUGAACGAAAUGGACGGGGAAAAGCACGCCUAUUCAGAACAGGCAGUGAAACAAGUUGCCUUAACUGUCUUUGUUGCUGGGUUUGAUACGAGCUCUUCCACUUUGUCUUCUUUCAUACUAGCAAUGGUUUUACAUCCUGAGGCUCAGCGGCUCGCUCAACAAGAAAUUGAUUCUGUCGUUGGCAUUGAUCGGCUGCCAGAUUUUUAUGACCGACCGUCUUUGAAGUAUGUGGAGGCUGUUUUUCGGGAAGCCAUUCGUUGGCAUAUCGUUGCACCAGUUGGUCUUCCUCAUGCAACAUCAAGUGACGACGUCUUUGAGGGCUAUUUCAUUCCAAAAGGCUCUCUCGUUGUGCCUAACAUAUGGGACAUGUCCAGAGAAGGACACGAUGAUCCUGAUGUUUUCAGACCGGAAAGGCACUUUGCAAGUGACGGGACACUUUUACCAGACACGAUAGCAGCCAAACCUAUGUGGGGUUUUGGAAGGAGAGGGUGCCCAGGGCGUUUCAUCGCCGAAGCUGCGACGUGGAGUGCGGCGGUGCAUCUCCUUGCAGUGUUCCGGAUAACGAAGGCAGUGGAUGAAUCAGGGAAAGAAAUUGAAGUGAAAGAAGAGUUCACCUCUGGAGUGGUCUGCCGACCCGUGCCGUUCCAGUGUUCUUUUGUCCCCCGAUCAACGGACAGGGAGAAGGCAAUCCGCUUGGGCGAUUAAUCUUGGAUGGGGGCUGGGACCUGAUUAUUCUAGCGAGUUAGUUAGUUAUGUAACUUGUAGUAACUCUUCGCGAUUAUGUAUUAAUUACAUUGUACUUGAUUACUUUUCGUAUGUAGCUA